AUGUGGAACCCCGGCGAAGACGGUGUGAUUCGCCGCUCCGACGGAGUUCCAGAUACGCCACCCGGUCUCUCACGAUUCAAGGAGAUCGUUCUCCACCAGGGACGGAUUGAGAGGUUCUUCCUCGAUCACAUCAAAAAGCACUCCAAGGAUACGCUACGCGUCGAACGCGCGGUGUUACCAGAGUCACUGCAUAUCGCCGAGGAUCGAGUUGAUGACCACUCGCCCGACAACUACCCUGUUACAGUCCAGCUCCGAUAUCUCACGGAGGACGAGGCCAAACCAGCGCAAAGCACAGGAUCUGGAGUUAACGAUGGUCUUUUCAGGAGCAAUCUGGCAGAAGACGACACUGAAGACCUUAUCGCCAACAGCCAGCAGAAGCAAGGCAGCACUGAGACUGUCAAGGCGAAGUACGUCGUAGGCUGCGAUGGCGCUCACAGCUGGACGCGAAAGCAACUAGGAUUUGAGCUUGAAGGCGAGCCCACCGAUCACAUCUGGGGCGUCUUGGACAUCAUCCCCAUCACAGACUUUCCGGAUGUUCGCAAACGCUGCGCUAUCCACAGCGCGUCCUCCGGAUCAAUGAUGAUCAUUCCGCGUGAGAACAAAAUCGCCCGCCUCUACAUCCAGCUCACAGAGAUCAAGCCCGACGCCAGUGGUCGAGCGGACAGGUCAAAGAUCACCCCGGAGACCAUUAUCACAGCAGCACAAAAGAUCAUGGCACCGUACAAACUGACAUACGAAUACUGCGACUGGUGGACGGCAUACCAAAUUGGCCAGCGAGUCGGCAAGAACUUCGACCACAAGAGCCGUGUCUUCCUUGCUGGUGAUGCAGUGCACACGCACUCUCCGAAGGCCGGUCAGGGUAUGAAUGUCUCGAUGCAGGAUGGGUACAACCUAGGCUGGAAGCUGGGAUUGGUUGUGAAAGGCAUCGCUCAUCCCUCCAUUCUGAAGACCUACCAGUCCGAGCGCAGGCGUAUCGCACAGGACCUCAUCGCAUUCGACCACAAGUUCUCCCGGCUAUUUUCCGGUCGACCAGCCAAGGACGUCAUGGACGAAGAAGGCGUCAGUAUGGACGAGUUCAAGAACGCUUUCCUGAAAGGCCAGCUCUUCGCAACCGGCCUCUCAGUCGACUACGGCACGAGCAUGCUAAUCGGCAAACCGGGCUCCGCCGCCGACCAAGGCGACGGCACAGACGUCUCCUCCUCGUCCCCCGUCAUCGGCAAGCAAGAGCUUUCCUCGGAAAUCAAACUCGGCAUGCGCUUCCCCAGCCACCAAGUCAUCAACCAAGCCGACGGCCGCGCGUGGGAGUUCCAGCAGAAGCUCAAAAGCGACGGACGGUUCCGCAUCAUCGUCUUCGCUGGCAACGUUGCAAACGCUCAGCAGAGCGCCCGUUUGAAGACCUUCUGCCAGGCCCUCGAGUCGUCAUCGGUACUAGCACCGCAUCUUGGUAAGAAUAUCGAGGUGCUUACGCUGCACUCGUCCAAGUGGAAAGAGGUGGAGCUGUUACGCGACAUCCCGGAUAUCCUACAUCCGUUCGAUGCGAAAACGGGUUGGGAUUACGACUCCGUGUAUGCGGAUGAUGCGAAUCCGUUUGAGGGCUUUGGCGAUGCGUAUAAGGGGUAUGGUGUUGAUAGGGAGAGAGGGUGUGUGGUUGUCGCGAGGCCGGAUCAGUAUGUUGGGUUUAUUGAUGAGGUUGAUGGGGAGGGGUGUAAGGGCGUUGAGGGGUAUUUCAAGGGCAUCUUUGCGUUGUAG